GUGCGUUUGUUGUUUUUAGCAUAAAUAUCAGCCUUUAGUAUUAUAUAGAUGAAAUGCUUGCAGAUGUUGAUUAAGUUGAUAAGUUACAAUCGGAGAUUCAAAUUUUAAUACAUGAUGGAUCAAAUGGAUGAUGGAGAUUUUCCUCAACUUCAAGUUAUUACGGAAUUUCUUAGGACAGAAGCUGAAAACCGUGUUGUGCAAACCACCGAAUUGCAGCUGUAUCAGUGUAUUUCAAAUUGUAUUCAAGACAUAACCGACAGGACACCGGGACAUACAUUUAACAAUCCUUGUGGGGAAAAUUGUGUUAGCCAUCUCACAAAUUCAGAUUAUUUAAAGAAAACUGUUGUGGAACUGCUGGAGAAAAAAUCGGAACAAUUCCAGUCUGUCUCAGAUAUGCUAGUAGACAAUGUUCAUAUCCAGGACAGUGAUACAAAUAAAAAGCAAGUGUAUGAGAUGAUUAUUGCAGAUUGCAAGAGCGGAUCUAACUACCAGGUUUAUAUAAAACUACUUCUUUAUGCAAUAGCUACCUGCACAAAUACCCCGAUUUAUAUCUUAGAUACAAAUGAAACCGGUCUACAUUGGGUAUAUUAUCAACCAUUAUUCAGCUAUGAAGAACAAACGGGACGCUGUAUAAGAUUUAUUACAAUGUAUAUGUCGCCAGUGAGAACGUUUUAUCCUAUAUAUCAACACGACAUUGAGGACAAAAGAAAACCAAAAGCAGAAGGUCAAAUUGGAAUGUAUUUGAGUAUCUUAAAAGAUAUACAAGUUCUUGAAAUAGAUGUACCAAGUACAUUAUUGAACGUCUCGAAUUCAUUCAAAUCCGAGAUAUGCAGCAAAUGUAACCGGGAAGUUAUUAAACAAUGCUGUGAGAUAUUUAGAUCACUUGACAUGAUAGAUGAGGAAACUUUUACAUGUAUGGCAACAGCGUACAGAGCACGUUCAAAAUCUUUGAACAUGCUCCAAGGAAUAGCAGAACAAAAUGAACUUGCGUUUAAAAUUAUUUGUCAGGUUUUGAUACAUCGUCAGGAGAAAAAGGUAUUGUCACCAUAUGUAGAGGAUUGGGAUUCAUUUGUGUUUGAGUGCAGUUAUUUGAAACAAUUCAAAGCUCUCGAAGCACUUGAUAACGCUGUAUACAACAGAAAUGUGGUCGUCACAGGUUUUGUAAGCUCUUGUCAUUUGGGUGGUCGUGAAAUGGACGAAAGAAGGAAGAAAGUUACAACAACAGUUAUUGCAAGUUCUUCAGCUGGAAUUGUAUCUGGUGGGCUUGUUGUAGCCGGAAUAAUAUUAGCACCGACGACGUUUGGAGUAUCAUUAGCGCUAAGCAUAGCUGGGGGAGCAAUAGGUAUGGCGUCUGGUGUUGCUGCAGGGACAGCCAGGGCAAUAGAAGCCGUGAAAGAAAACAAAAAACUGGGACACAUCAAGACACUACAAAACAAUAUGCAAGACAAAGAAAGGGAUGUGGCAAAGGCGCUCCAUGAUGUAGAACUUGUUUUUGAAACAAUUAAAGGAAAAAAUUCGGAUGUUGAAGAUGGCGAUUUUGGUAAAAGCAAACGCGGGUUUCUGGCAGUUGGUUCUGUUUUUCGAGCGACCCAUGGCGGGGUUGGGAUAGGACUUGUGGCAACACGAUUGGCAGCAUCGACAACAGCUGUUUCUGCAGCCAUCCUUGGGCCGUUAUCUUUGGUAUUAGAUAUCGCUUUUCUAGCUGAAGCAGUACAUAACAAGGCAAAUGGCGAUAAAACAAACUCUAGUAAAAUAUUACAAACUGCUGCAGAAAUAAUAGAAACAAAGUCUAAAAUAUUCAACAGUAUGUUGCGCGGAAAUUGCGAUGAAGAACAGAGAAUGUUUGACCGUAAUUAAUGACUAGCAAGAGUUUUUGUUCACAACAGUUCAGCAUAUCAGCUUUCACUCUCUGCUGAAUACACAUAUGAACAAGAAUAUUUUAGUGGUACUGUAGUUAAAUACAUAUAUCUGACUGGUUUGUGAUACAAUGAAUUAAGAGUUAACUCAUAGUUAACUCAUAAGACUUAAAAACUAUUCGAAUGAGUACAAUGUAUAGAUCCCUACAUGACCCUAAUCUUUUCAAUUUGGAUUAACGGAUUAGUAGAUUACAAUAAGAAUUUCACCACACAAUAUUUCUUAACAAAAGAACACAAGUCAAUAUUUGUGGCUACAUCUAUUAUUAUUUAAAUAAAAGGUCACAGUAGGGAUCUAUCAUGUAGUCAUGUAUAUCAAACUUUGAUAGAAAAUGGCGUUACAACGCUAAACAACAUAUAAAAUUAUAAAUAACGUAAAAGGGUGUAAUAACGCACCAAAGGGCUAAGUUAAGUGAAUAAUAGUAAAUAUGAAACCCAGUGCCUCAAAAACCCCUCAACAUAUGGCCAACCAUGGUUUAUACCUGUGUACCUUGCCAGGAUCAUGAACUGUGUGGUGGUAAGUGAGUAAAUUACAAAGUUAUUAUAAGUAGUACAGGUAGUACCAGCUUAUCUUAACCUCUGCACUCAAGAACUAUAUGCUGAGGGGAGCAUAUACACAAUAUGUCAGGGGGGCAUAUACAAAUGAACAUUAACUGAUUGCUUCUAGUGUACUUUCAGUGGUAUGAUUUUGAUACAUUUUUUUCUCAGCAGUUUUCAAACUUUAUGGAUUUUAACUCAAAAUUUAGUUAGAUAUGUUAUUGUUGCCUUUGCAUUUUAACUCGAUGUUAUUAUAGUUGAUGUUAUUUAAUUUAUAUGAAUUUUUUAUUUUACUUGGAAGAUUUGGUGUACAGACCUGCAACCCUUACAUGGCCAGACAAAGACAUCGCUUUUUGUAUGCAUUUUUUUCACCAAUUAUAUUAGAGUCAAAACAUCAUUCCAAAGAUUAUAUAACAUAACACUAUGUGAAGCAGGAUCUGGAGCAAGGACACUUUAAAUGUCAUCGAUAAGACCCAUUAAGAUUUUAUUUUCAUCUUCUGAAAAAUAAAUGAUAAGAACUAUGUAGUACUAAAAUGGGUUAACUUAUUUCAAUAUAAAAGUAAAAUUUUUUUGAAACUUGGACAUACAGUAGUAAUGCAGGAAUUGAUCCAUUGUUACCUCAUAGGAUUUCACAGUCAAACUUAGCUUCUGAAAACUGGCAGUGACUUUGAACUUCUAUAUAAAAGAAAAUUAUAAUUGAUACAAGAAUUUACAUUGACACAAGCAUUCAUAAAGUUAUAAAAGAAAGUAAAUCACACAUACAUUGUUUUUUCCUGUUUUAUUCAUACAUAUACCUCAUAUUGCACAAAUCAAGUUACCUAACAAGUAACAUUAUACAUACAUAUGAAACCCAACAAAAAUAAUAAACCAUUCAAGCAACUUUCAGAAAAAUCUUAUAUACA